AUGUCUGAAGAAGAUGAAGUAAUAUGUGAACAAUGCUAAACAGUUCCAACACAAUUUGUUAUAUUAGAUUGCGAGCAUAAGUUUUGUUUAUAUUGCAUUUCACAUGCUAUUCACAAAGAUGACAGUGGAGUGCCUUGUCUAAAAUGCAAUGCUCCAACUGUUUUAGAUCACGAGUCACUUUAAGCUGUCCAACAAACAAAGGAAUCACAAUCAUAACUUUCGAAGACGUAGCCCAAUUACAAUGUUAAGCCUUUUACAACAGAGAAGAGAUAAUAUGUUUAACCAAUUUAGGAGGAUCCUACAAUAAAAGGUCAUCCUUGCUUAGAGAAAUUAAAUUUAGCAGUUGAAAGAAGUUUGGAUAAGAUCAGGAACAUUCAAUUCGAUAAAUAGUAAGUAAAGGAUAAGUGCCAAACAUAAAAGAGUGACAUAGACACAGAAUUCAAAGCUUUGCACAUGUAUUUAGAUUCAAAAUAAGAGGAAUUUCAAAAUCAAUUGUCUAAUAUUGAGACUUCAUAUUUGAAUGAACUUACUAAGGAUGAAGAAGUUUAGCAACUAGAUAUUGAGGAAAUGAGCAUAAUCAAGAAUGAAAUAAAGGCAAUUUUGAAAAGCUAGGAUGGUUAAGAUAUAUACACAUUCAAAUAAUUAGUGGCUACAGUGGAUGGAAUAGUAUAGGACAAAUAGUUAUCAAUAAAACAACUUAACUUGUUCAAACAAAUGUAGGAUGAAUUGUAAUAACUCUCAAAAAAAUAGGCUCAGUUUUAUUAGGAUUUCAGGAGAUUUUUUAAUAUUUUAUAGCCUCUCCAAGUAUCAUUAGUAUAAAAUUAUGCCAGUCCAAUAAAAUUAGAAUAUGGGGGUUCAAUCACAAGUGACAUUUAGGAGAAGAUUAGAGAAUUGAAACACAGGAAUUCUAGAUCGAUGAAUACUUCUUAACUGAACAACUCUAGAUCUUAGAAUUCUCCACCUAAAAAUACUUUUCUGAAUGAAGAGAUCAACAUAUCUAGGAAAAUAAGUCGAGAGUAGGCUAACAUUGUGCAACAAAGGAAAUUGGGGACUUCGCCUAUGGAUGCAAAAACUGUAUUACAAAGUUCAAUGAAGCAUAAUAAUAAAUCAAAUUCAAAAUUCAACAAAAUUUUAAAUAGCCCCCUUACACUUGCUGGAUUUUCAUAUUUGAGUUGA